CCACCAAACCCCAACAAAAAAACACCAUGACGACGACGACGACGACGACGACAACGACAUCAACAACACUCCUCGAAACAUGCCACAUUCCGCCGCCCGCGGCGGCCAACGACCUCUCCAUCCCCCUCUCCUUCUUCGACAUCAAAUGGCUCCACUACCACCCCGUCCGCCGCCUCCUCUUCUACCACCACCCUUCCUCCAAAUCCCAAUUCCUCCACACAAUCGUCCCACACCUCAAACAAUCCCUCUCCCUCACUCUCACACACUACCUCCCCGUCGCCGGCAACCUCCUCUACCCGUCCAACACCGAAAAAUUCCCCCAACUCCGCUACGCCCCCGGGGAUUCCGUCCCGGUGACGAUCGCCGAGUCCAAUUCCGACUUCGACACCCUCACCGGAAACCACGCGCGCGACGCCGAUCAGUUCUACGAUCUCCUCCCUCCGAUUCCUCCGAUCGAGGAGGAAUCGGAUUCGGAUUGGAAAUUGAUCAACAUUUUCGCGGUUCAGAUCACUCUCUUCCCCGGCGAAGGAAUCUGCGUCGGUUUCUCCAAUCACCACUGCCUCGGCGACGCCAGAUCCAUCGCCGGAUUCAUCUCCGCGUGGGGCGAAAUCAACGGAAUCGGAGGAUACGAAGGAUUUUUAUCCAAUCACAGCGAUCCUCUCUCCCUUCCGAUUUUCGAUCGAUCGUUUAUCAACGAUCCGAGCAAAAUCGACGCGAUUUUCUGGAAAGUAAUGCGAAACAUACCUUUGAAAACGGCGUCGUUUCCGCUGCCUACGAACAGAGUCAGAUCUACAUUCCUCCUCCGCAGAUCCGACAUCGAGAAGCUGAAAUCCGCCACCAAAUCGCCGGCGUCGUCGUUUAUCGCCGCCGCGGCGUAUGUCUGGAGCUGUAUGGUGAAAUCGGGCGACAAAUCCGACGAAAAUGCGGCGGAGCUUUUCAUCAUACCUGCUGACGCCAGGGGGAGGAAGGAUCCGGCGAUACCGGAGAAUUACUUCGGGAAUUGCAUCGUCAGCGCGGUGGCGCGGGUGGAGCGCGGGAAGCUGGCGGCGGAGGACGGAUUCGCGGCGGCGGCUGAGGCAAUUGGCGCGGAGAUCGAGGGGAAAUUGAAGAACAGAGAUGAGAUUUUGAGAGGAGCGGAGAAUUGGAUGUCGGAGAUCUUCAAAUGCUUCGGGAUGAGCGUGCUCGGAGUUUCCGGAUCGCCGAGAUUCGAUCUGUUGAAGGCGGAUUUUGGAUGGGGAAAGGCGAGGAAAUUGGAGGUGCUGUCGAUUGAUGGAGAGAAUUACUCAAUGUCGCUGUGUAGCUCGAGCGAUUUCGAUGGCGGAUUGGAGGUGGGUUUGUCGUUGCCGAGAGAGAGAAUGGCGGCAUUUGCAGAGGUGUUUGCUGAUGGAAUUUCGAAACUUUGAAUAAUUAUCAUUUUAUAGUUAUUAAUUAAAUAUCUUAAUUAUAUUCGAUA